AUGACAGGGAUGCAGACCGCCGCUCCAGGAGAGAUGACCGGAGGGACUACGACCGCGAUCGCUCUCGGAAGACUGGCGGAAGGUCCCGUGGACGUGACAGCCGUGACCGACGAAGCGACCGACGCGAUGACCGUGGGUCUCGCUACGACCGUGAUCGCAGCCCUCGACGGGCCUUCGGACCAGGUGGAAGGCCCAGCGGCAACUGGGGCGGAGUGCCUUGACCAAUCAUGGCCACUGGUGGGAGGUGGUGGCGGCAUGGUGGGUCUUGCGCGUGGCAUGGCAUGUGUGGAAUCGCAUGGUGUGGAUGGUGUGGGUUUGGCUGGUGCCGGAAGGUCCUGGAUGUUUGCGGAUUGGGAAUGUGAGAAGUGUGGCUGCAACAAUUUUGCUCGCAGAGAUGACUGCUUCAAAUGCGGCGGGUAUGCAACGGAAGUUCUCGAAACGGAGGCCGGUGAAAGCCGAUGCAGCAUCGGAGGGAUGCGCUGCAAGAGGCACCUAGACUUUGCCUUGUCGUGGCAGAUUGCGACGCGGCUUCAAAAGGAUCAUUGCGACGACGAAGACACCUCUCCCAUGUUCUCAAGCAUGAGCUUCGUUCUUUGGGCUCUGGCGCUGUCCCUACUGGGAUUUUGGUGGGACCCCAAGAUGAGUGCGAGGGCUGCCUCGGACAUGCUUGGUUUUCACGGAACCGGCUUUGGGUAUCUGCACUUCCUUGGCCAGCUUUGGUCCGUCUCAUCGCAAAACUGGCCCGGAGCUGCUCAGGUGGUGGCUUUGCUACAAGAGGCCCAGUCCCAGCCCCUCGCCAGGGUGCAGGAAGCCUCGAUGGCUUUACGCCUUGAGGGGUUGCUCCCUGCCUUCACUGCAUCAGGGAUUGCUUGCCAGGUGAGAAUGUUCAUGUCGCCGCCCUCGCAGAGAGCCAUUCAAGCGAGAUUUCUGAGAAAGUGGGAAGGGGAGACAGGAUCUGUCUUAGAGCCAUGUCGUCCGAGGGUGUCACUGUCACUGGUGCCGAGGAGAGCUCAACUGGAGCGGCCCAACCAAAGCAAGGCACAAGAGCCCCGAAUUGCCCGUGGCUGGAAGGAGUACCCGGUGUUCGAGUCGUUCGACGACUACGAGCUGGACGAGAACUUGCUGCGUCCGGUUCCCAGCGCCGCAGCUGUCGAGUAUUCCAGUUUUUCUGGCAGUUUACGGUAUGUUGUGCCAGUUAGGCAUUUGGAGGACCUUGACCAUCCCUGCGGCAUUUAUUCGUACGGCUUCGAGAAGCCAAGUGCGAUUCAGCAGCGUGGCAUCAAGCCUAUCCUCGAUGGUCGCGACACCAUCGGGCAGGCUCAGUGCGCAUCUCAGAACUUGGGAGAGGGCAGAGUCUGGAACGGGCAAGACGGCAACCUUUGUCAUCGGCGCGCUCCAGCGCAUCAAUUACGGCGAACGCCACACACAGGACCACCUUCUACACCGUCAGAGUUUCAGGUUGACUGCGCCCAGGACGUACUGUAA